AUGUUGUUCUCUCCGUGGCUUGAUACGCUCACUUGCCUGCUUGCAUUUGGAGUGUCAGACAUUGGCGCCACCGUUCUCAGACAAAGCUACACCCACUCAGCUCCUUCGACCUGCGAUGCCCAUCACGCUGGCAGUCAUGAGCACAACACGACGCAGCUACAUGGAGGUGUUGCGUCCGAGAGUACCAUCUGUUCUGGUAUUGGACGCGACCUGCUCCUAAAAGGAGGUACAGCUGCCGAUGCAAUGGUCGGCACUGUCUUCUGUGUAGGCGUGAUUGGCAUGUAUCACUCUGGCAUUGGUGGCGGUGGCUUCAUGCUUGUCAGAGGUCCUGAUGGAGAGUACGAGUACAUUGACUUCCGAGAGUCGGCGCCGGCGGCUGCCUUCCAAGACAUGUACAAGAACAACACAGAUGCAAGUAUUUACGGAGGAUUGGCAAGCGGUAUUCCUGGCGAAGUACGCGGAUUGGCACAUCUGCAUCAAAGAUAUGGCAAGCUGCCUUGGAAAGAGGUCAUGCAAGGUGCGAUCAAGACUGCUCGCUAUGGGUUUCCUGUCACGGCCGAUCUCGUUCGCUACAUGGCCUCUGCCACAGCAGGCAAAACGCCCAACUUCCUUGUCGACGACCCGGACUGGGCAAUCGAUUUCGCUCCCAACGGCACCCUCCUACAGCUCAAUGACACCAUCACUCGCCAGCGUUAUGCCUCGACUUUGGAGACCAUCGCGAAUCGUGGCCCCGAUGCCUUUUAUACUGGUCCUAUCGCCGAAGCCAUGAUCGAGACGCUUCAAGCAGCGAAUGGAACAAUGACGAUGGAGGACUUGAAGAACUACACAGUCGCCAUCCGUGAUCCGGUCGAGAUUGAUUACAGAGGCUACAAGUUGAAGAGUGUGAGUGCGCCGGCAUCGGGAGGGGUAGUGCUGGCAAUCUUGAAGACUGUAGAAGGAUAUGAUACAAUGGGCGACGAGGCAUAUCUCAACCUCAGCACCCACCAUCUUGAUGAAGCGACACGCUUCGGAUACGGCUUCCGUGCUUCGAUGGGAGACCCUCUGUAUGUCGAAGGAAUGGACGAGUACCAGGCCGAGAUCAUCAAUGCCACUACGGCUGCAAAGGUUCGCGGUCUGAUCUCAGACACGCACACUCUCAACACGUCAGCAUAUGAUCCAAAGAAUCUCGAGAUCCUGGAGACACCUGGUACAUCGCACGUUGUCACCGCCGACAGCUCGGGCAUGGCAAUCUCGCUCACCACAACCGUCAAUCUCUUAUUUGGUAGCCAGCUAAUCGUCCCGUCGACGGGAGUGAUCAUGAACAACGAGAUGAACGACUUUUCCAUUCCUGGAACCAAAAACGCAUUCGGCCUCGAUCCGUCCGAGAGCAACUUUGUCCGGCCCGGAAAGAGACCAAUGUCGUCCAUCGCUUGUACGAUUGCAGAGUACCCCGACGGCUCCCUCUACUUUGUCACAGGCUCUGCGGGUGGUAGUAGAAUCAUCACGGCGACAUUGCAGACCUUGUGGCAUGUCUUGGACCAAAACAUGACUGCUGCAGAAGCGUUGAAGGCACCUCGUUUGCAUGAUCAGCUCUCGCCCAACUACGUGAGCUUCGAGUACGCAUACGACAAUGCGACGGUGGAUUACAUGAAGAGCUUAGGUCACAACGUCACUUGGGUAGCACCGGGACAGAGCACAGCGCAAUGCUUGAGAGUGUUGAGCAAUGGCACAUUCGAUGUGGCCAGCGAGCCUCGCCAAUUGAAUUCUGGAGCAUAUACUGUAUAA